ACAUACUGCAAAGUUUCAGCUCAUUCUAAUAUCUUUAGAUUUUUUUCAGGCUUGUAACCCAGCUGAACUCGACUUGUCAUAGCAUUAAAAACCAAUGUAUUCUAAGGCCAUGUAGUAGCCAGUCAAUAAUUAACAGAUCUCUGUAAUGGGAACGUCUUUGUUUUUAGUUAUCCCCCAUCCUACCCCUUCAACUAACCAUACUUAAAAUGUACCUAGAUUUCCCGAACAAAUGCAAUAUAUCAUGGUUGACCUUACUAGGUGGUGUUCAGGGAUCUGAGGAUUCAUAAUCAGUAAAGGAGAGGAACCUACCAAGCAGCCACAUUUACUAUUUUUCUUUCUGCUCUGGAUCACAUCUACUGGUAUCCUAAUACUGAAAUAUAUAAUAAGCCUUAAAAAGCAGGUUCUGAGGCUUUCAUUGCAUACAUGAAGUCAGCUGAAGGAUCCUCCUCAAGUGCCAGUUUUGGUAUAUUACGGACCUUGUCCCAGUAUGUGGGGGUUUGCCUAGCUUUUGUGUCUGCUGGCUUCCUUAUUGUGGCAACUUGGACUGACUGCUGGAUGGAAAAUGCAGAUGACUCUCUGGAGGUGAGUACCAAAUGCCGUGGACUGUGGUGGGAAUGUGUGACUAAUGCGUUUGAUGGAAUUCAGACCUGUGAUGAGUACGACUCCAUAUAUGCAGAGCAUCCAGUGAAAUUAGUGGCAACUCGUGUCUUCAUGAUAACAGCAGAUAUUCUGGCAGGAUUUGGCUUCAUAUUCCUCCUCCUGGGGCUUGAUUGUAUAAAAUUCCUAACAGAUGAAUCACAAAUCAAGUUAAAAAUCUGUUAUGUAGCUGGAGUUACACUCGUCAUUGGAGGUGUCCCUGGGAUCAUUGGCUCAGUAUGGUAUGCGAUUGAUGUUUAUGUGGAACGCUCAAGCUUAGAAUUACACAAUGUUUUCCUUGGAAUCCAGUACAAGUUUGGUUGGUCUUGCUGGCUUGGAAUGAUUGGAUCACUGGGGUGUUUUUUAUGUGGUGCUCUGCUCAUAUCUUGUCAUUAUCUUUUUCAAGAAGGAAGAUACAACAGAAACCAAUCAUACUAUUCUCGGAAGAAUUAUUUUCGUGCAAGAAGUUCAAUGGGCAAGCUUUAUUCUCCUCCAUUGACAGAAACUGCUAAGAUGUAUGCUAUGGGUACACGGGUAUAAAUGACAGCCGGGUUCACCAGUCAUUUAUUGGUCUUUUAAAAGCAGCAUGAUGCUCAGACGGGCCAGCGUACAGCAAUAUGGCACCAGUCUAUUGCAUCUGGAAAACUGAAGAGAGAAGAUCAUAGCUGGCUCCUGACUUACAUCUAUGAUUCAUUUUGGAAUAUAAUUGCACUGCGUUGUAAAGAAAAAUUACUUGAAAGUGGAAAGCAUUUAUAGAAAAUUGUAGAUUAAUGAUAAACACAUUGAUAUGUCCCCCCCUUUCCCUGCACUGCUAAGACAUGGACAGUCAUCUUUCUCAAUGGUUGGAGCUGAUCUAUGCAAAAAAACGCAGAUGGUAUGGUCUCUAAGCAAAAUGUAAAUAUUGCUUAGACCCGGGACGGCCAGGGAUAUGUCAGAUGGCAGAAGGCUUCUGGGGAGGGUCAUAUAGACAUAGGUAUUAUGAAACUGAAUGGGGGUUAAUUUACUAAAGGCAAUUAGACUGUUCACUGUGCAGGUGCACUCUUCAACGGACUUUUCCCCAGAGCACUAAACCCACAUCAAAAAGAAACUCAAAUACUCACUUAGUCACUAUGGGAAUUGUUUUUUGUAUUCAGCAAAAAACCUGGUUGAUCUUGCUGCUCUCUAUCUCCACCUUCUGUUCAUGUCCCCAAUUGAGCUAGGGAUUUUACAGCUGUGGUGGCAACUCUGCACAUGCUCAGUUUUGAGUCAAUAUCUAUACUGAGCAUUUUCUCCCUAUCACAUCUGAGCAGCCCAUGUGACCAUAGAGUCACAUAAGUGGGCGUAUACACAGUGUUAAAUGACAGCCCACUUCCUCCCUCCUCCUCCUUAAUACCCACUAACCAGGUGAACACAAUGGGGGCUUCAUAUUACAUGUAGAUUGAUGGAGGUUUCGCCUCCCUCUUAUUCUAAGACACAGGCUAGAGGGGUGUGUCAGAGA